GAGCUGUUUCUUAUGAGUUGGAAGAUUACGAGGAAGAUGAAGAAGAUUUUGCAAAGGUGUGUGCUACAAUGAAGCGAUUUUAGAGUUUGUUAACAGUUUCACCCUGAUGCGGUUUGAUUUACUUGAUGAGGCCUCAGCUGUACUCAAGGCGUCGUCAUAACGGUUGUUCAUUUUUUUCGUCUUCAGUAGACUUAGCUACUUGCGGUUUUAUUACAUUUCAAUAUUUUUAGGGAAAAACACAUUAAUUCUUUAUUAUAUGGAUAUGAGGUUUCUAGGAAGUUUAAUGUCUCUUUCCACUUCAUUCUUACAGGAUUAUCUGAGACAGUACCACUACAUCUCACCAGCCAGAUCUGGGAAUCAUAACACCACCGUAGCAAAUGAGAACUUUCAGAAGUUUUUUGGUCUGCCAGUGACAGGUGAACUGGACGAGGACACGAUAUACGAGAUGAAGAAACCGCGUUGUGGAGUCCCGGAUGUUGACAUCACUGGAGGACGCCAAAAGCGUUACGCUACGUCGGGAAAAUGGAGGAAAACCAAUCUUAAGUAUUACAUGACUUACGGGGACGAUAUGUCACACGAUCAUCAAGCGAGGAUUAUGGCCAGAGCGUUUAAAUACUGGAGUGACGUGGCACCACGACUGCAGUUUGCAAAAACUGACGACCUUAGCAAAGGUGACUUCAGUAAGGUAAGGAUGAUGUUUUAAGGCUAAUACUAUUGUCGUUACCUAGUAAACUCAUUUGAAUGUCUAAAUGGA